AUGAGGCUCCUGGGCAUCACCCUGUGCGGCCUGGCUCUGCUCUCCAUCUCCUCCUCCUUCACCAUUAAAAGACGGCUGAAAGAAAAAUCUCAUCAUGCCAUUGAUGAAGAUGGCCUCAUUAGAAGAGAGAUCCCAUUCAUCAAUCAAGGAUUGAAGAGUCCAUUGGUGCAUGGAGAUAUUGCUUCACCCCCUGGACGUAAUGCACUGGUUGACAAGGCCUACAGAUGGAAGUUCCCCAUACCUUACAUCCUGACAAAUGCCCUUGAUCUGAAUGCCAAGGGCGUGAUUCACCAGGCCUUUGAAACCUACCGCCUCAAGUCCUGUGUGGACUUUAGACCCUUUGAGGAGGGAGACAAGAGCUUCAUCAAGUUUGAAAAGCUAGAUGGGUGCUGGUCGAUGGUUGGAGACCUGAGGGAGGGGCAGCAGCUCUCUCUGGGCCCAGGAUGUGACUAUAAAGGCACCAUCAUGCACGAGCUGCUCCAUGCUCUGGGCUUCUACCAUGAGCAGUCUCGCACGGACAGGGACGACUACAUCAAUAUCCACUGGGACCAAAUCGAACCCGGUCUGGAGCAUGCAUUUGACAAGUACGAUGACACGUUCAUCACAGACCAGAACACUGCUUAUGACUACGAGUCCAUUAUGCACUAUGGCCCCUACUCCUUCAAUGUAGACCCCAACUACCCCACCAUGACCGCCAAGGACCCAGAGAAGACCAAGCUAUUGGGCCAGUACAACGACUUCAGUGAUUCGGACCUUCUGAGACUUAACAGGAUGUACAACUGCUCUGCACCCCUGACUCUGUUGGACCAAUGUGCCUUUGAGACCAGCAAUGAAUGUGGCAUGAUUCAGAGCCAAAGAAACUGGAUUCACACCCUCAGCUCUCCCACAUCACAAGAUCACACCCUUCUGGGACAGUGUGACAGUGCUGGAUACUUGAUGCACUUUCCCACAAACCAGGGGCACCCUGAUGACUCAGCAUUUUUGAACUCCAGGGUCCUGUACCCUAAGAGGAAGCUCCAAUGCCUGCAGUUCUUCUACAAGAUGACUGGCAGCCCCAAGGACAAACUUGUGGUUUGGACCAAGAGGGAGGACCCCAAGGGGAGGACCCUUUCCACUAAAGAGGAGGCUACCUUCAUGGGCGAUGAUGACCACUCCUGGAAAAUCGCCCACGUGCCCUUGAAGAUGGACGGCAAGUUCCGCUACGCCUUCCAGGGUAUCCGUGGAGACCCGUCCGGCUCCCAGGGUGGCAUCGUGAUCGACGACAUCACGCUGGCCGAGACGCGAUGCCCGAGCGGUGUAUGGCGCAUCGCCAACUUCAGCAAGCUGGUGGCCACCAUGGCCCCCGGGGAGUACCUGCAGAGCCCACUCUUCCACAGCCCAGAGGGAUACGGCUUCGGCCUCCAGCUCGUCCCCAACUCUGAGGUGUAUUCCGGUUGGAUGGGAGCCUUCUUCCACGUCACCAGCUGGGUGAACGACCACGUGCUUGAGUGGCCGGUGGGCAACAGGCAGGUGACGGUCACCAUACUGGAUCAGCACCCUGACGUGCUUCGCCGACAGUCCUUCUCCCUCAGCUUCACCACCAACGGCAAACAGCUCACGGGCUCCAACCAGCUGUUCUGGGACAACCCUGCGAAGGUUGGGACAUAUGACGCUUACUGCGACUGCUACCGUGGCAACACUUGGGGCUGGAAUGGCUACUUUUCCCAUGCAGAGCUGCAACGGAGAAGCUACCUGAAGAACGAUGAUCUCAUUCUCUUUGUGGAGUUUGAAGAUCUGUCCUCUCUGGUGAAUCUUGUUGAGCCCAGAUGAAACACUGUCUGAAAAGGCCAAGAAGAACAUGCUUCGCUAAGCUACCUGACUAAAAGCUCAGCAAUUACUGUUUGUGCAAGGAAACCAGCAACACAACCCAUUACAUUCUCUAGAAUCACUAUAACAUAACAGUGAAUAUUGUCACUUGUCAUCAAUUUUAACACUUGCAAUACUAACUGUCAUUAUGGCUAAUGGAUAACCCAGUGUCCCGGCCAUUACUGAAAGCUGCAACGUAAACACUGUCCGAACUGGACAUUACUUGCUUCAGUGUCCCUAUAGCUUCCUGCAUCCAUUCAUCAAAAGGCAUUAAAAUAGUAUAUACAACUCUACCAUACUCAAUAAAGUGAUUUGUCUAAAA